CCUUGGAAUCCCCCUUUCAAGAAUCCUAGAUUGAGUCUGUCAGAAACGCAGCCAAUUAAUGUACUCAGCUACAGAGGCGUGAUGAUUUGCUUGUUGUCUUGCCCUCAGCUUGACUUUACAGGUUUAUUGGGCAAGCCCACAUUUAGAUAUGACGUGUGUUAGGCCACUAAAAGAGAAACGAGAAAUACCGGAAGUGAAAUUAAAUAAUGGGCGUGGUAAUAGGAGUGGCGCAGCGGGGUCCAAUUUGCUAGCGGGUUCUGUACCGGCCAAUAAAUGCAGCCCCAGAGCCACAGCACUGCAGUGUGUGUCACUGUGUACUUUGUCUAUGCAAGUAAACCAACCUGAGUGUGAACACUGCUGCUGCUGAUAUCACACCAAGUGUCUAGACAUGUGGAUGACAAAAAAUAUGACAGUCUUUCAAAGUCUGACCGAGCCUGCAUGGUGCUGUAAUCACUGAACUGAAUGCUACUCGGAUGCACUACCUUAUAUAGGGAUGCUACCACCACAUUAUCUCUGAGCACAUCAAUGGAUGCAACAUUACCUACCCACCAUCUCUCCACAACUCUCAACUCCUCCUCAAACAGCGUCAACUAUUCACUCCAUUCCACGAAGUCAGGCAUAUUGUUUAAUGCUAGGAGUGUUGCAAACAAACUACACGUAGGAGAAAACAUUGAUAUUAUCGCUGUCACAGAAACAUAAUAAUAUCCUCAUGCAUGUACAUACAGGACCUACUGGUGUGGUUCACGAUGAUAUUGAUCUCUCUGUGUUUAGUAUCAGUGGUGAUGAUCAAAAGGGUCCAGCAAUCACCAACCUCCAUGAGUUGAUGGUCAAGCAUGGAGUCACUGACAAGCAGUUGGAUCGAGAGAUUGAACAAGACGAUCUUGCUCCAGUAGCUAUGCACUUUGAUGAUGUGGAGCUCUACUUCAACCCACUGAAGUUGAAUGAAAAUGAACAAGCUGACGUGAGGCGAGAGACUUAUUUAAGUAGAAGCAAUCAAGUGGCAGUGAUAAACUGUUUGUUUAUCUGGAGGGGUCACAAACCCAGCGAGGCAACCUUUAGAGCACUGAUUAGGAUCUUAUUGGAUCUUAAGAAGAAAGAGAUUGCUAUCAAGAUCUGUCAAUACUUGAAAGAAAAGUCCCAGUGAUCUAUGAGUAAAGCUAUGCAGUAGGACUCUGAAUUGAACAUUUUUGUUUAUUGCGAGUGCACGUAGUUUAAAUAAGAAUUCUGUUUCAAUUUGAUUUUGAGCCCCAUGUUGUUGUGGAAUAUAGUCUAACCAAUUCAAGUCAAGCAAUGCUGCUGUUUCGGCUUCACAGCAGGGAAAGAGAAAAGUUGACGUGGAGUAAUUCAAGCUAAACUCAGUAAAAACAGAGUAAAGACAACGGACUUAGAGCUUGUCAGUGGUGUAAACUUACUUCUCUAGAGUACCUCCCAGCCCCUGAGUGAUUGCUAGUGGAUAGGAGAGCUAGAAACAGUUGAAAUACAACCUGAGUACGGUAAAAACAUUCGCGAGCGUGAAAUCAUAACGCGGAGUGUUUCACCCGUUAACACAGGGCGGCCUGGUCGUUUCCAAUCCCUUUCCUGUUCUAUCCAUGAUUGAAAUUGACAU